CGGAGGAAUGAGAUGUGGAGUGUUGCUAUGAGAGGGGUGGAUUUACAUGAAGGACAGCGCAGCAGAGACAAGUGGAGUGGAGGAGGGGGAGUCUCACACACUGGGACAAGAACAUGACUUGAAGAUGAGCUGUCCUCAGACUGAGUUUGAGGAGAAGGAAAGUCCUCCUCCGGAGGAGUUAGAGUGUAAAAUCUGUUAUCAGCGUUACAAUGUCCACCACCGGAAGCCUAAAAUCCUGGACUGCCUUCACCGGGUCUGUGCCCGUUGUCUCAUUAAAAUCCUGGAUAUUGCUGACAGUGCAGGUUGCAUCUCCUGCCCCUUUUGCCGACACCAAACUGAGAUCACUGAGCAGGAGAUUUCAGCCCUGCCUGAUGAUGUUAACAUCAUGUCCCACUUGGUGAUGCGGGACAAAUCCUGGAACUCCGACCAAAACAGGGAGGUGGUCUUGACUCCAAAGAGUUUCUCCUCCUCCAGCCCAUCUCGUGACUCAUCCAACUGCCUGGUAAUCACUAUAAUGGAGGUGCAGAGGGACUCACAACACUCUCCAAGCCAAAAUGGCAGCUCAGAUGUUUAUGCUGAGCAAAGCCUGGACUCAGUAUCUAUAGGCUCUAAUGGGCCAGCAGAUCAGGAUGCCUUGUCCAAGUUCUGUAAUCAUGUCCCACGCAUCCUGGUCUGGCUUCUGGGUUUCUUAUACUUUGGCUCACUUCCUCUUGGAAUCUACUUGCUGGUGAUUCAGAGAGUGACUCUGGGCAUUGUAUGUGUUAGCUUAGUGCCAUCAAGCCUGACAGUUUGCCUGGUCUAUGGAUUCUGCCAGUGCCUUUGUCAAGGCAUGUGUGACUGCUCUUCCAGAGGAUGAUGGGAUCCUGAAAACCGGUUGUCCUAGGAUAGGAAAGAGUCAGCCUGUGGGAGUAGAGGCCUCCAGGUAAAGAUGAUAUCCUCUCCUGCACAGGCAUAACAAGCUGAGCAGUCAGUUACCUUCAUGCAAAUAAAAGGCCAGUGGGACAAAAUAAGUCAGUUUCCAGUGAUGUGCUGUGCUUUUGUUAGACGUACUGCUUCAACGGAGACACCAGCUUGGUCAAGAGAAACAGAGCCAAUGGCAUGGUCUGUCAGCAGCCUAUACCGACUUUUCUGUGAUGCAUUUUUGUGACCUUUAUUUGUUAUGUGUUG